UCAUGCAGUUGGAAAAGUGUUCGAGGUAAUUAAGGGAGUGGUGUGCAAGAUCUUCCCCAGUAAGGAUGCAUUACAAAGACUGCAACUGGUUAUGCAUCGCCCAGAUUGAGCUUGCUGUCUGUUCCCGACGGAACUUGAUUUCGCUUGUAGAUUCUGUGAGGGACGAUCAGGUAUAAUUGGAGCAGGGAAGUAACCGGUAAACACAUUCAUUGGCCGGCGCUAGUUGUUCUACCUGUUGAACCGGUUCAGAAGAUCAAAACAGCUCGUGUGAGGCCUGGGAGAUUUAUCAGAGCAUGAACUGACUCUAAAGCUAAGAACCCUUGUUUAAAAUAAUGUGCAGUCACCUGCUUGAUACUUUGUGAUAAAGAAGUUUUAUUUUUAAAAUAGUUACACUGUAGCUAUGGCUGCUUGGUCUCGGGAUAUCCGGGAGCUCUGCUGUUUGUUACUCCCUGUAUAUUUUAUUUUGCUUGUUUACCUUUUAAACAAUGUUGUGGCCUCUUCUGGAAACGAUUCGACUCUCAAUGGUCAGAAGAUAGAAGAUGGCAACCAGCAUCUAGAUUCUUCCAAGAAUCACCUUUCGAGAAGUUUUACAAACCAGGAAGAACGGCUCAGUGUGUUUUCUCUGGAUUAUUACCAUGUGCAGAUUCCCUUUGAAAUCACCCUCUGGAUACUGUUGGCUUCCUUAGCUAAGAUUGGGUUCCAUCUCCAUCAUAAACUCGCUACAAUUGUGCCAGAGAGCUGUCUGUUGAUUGUCAUUGGAUUGUUACUUGGAGGAAUCAUCUUUGGAGCUAAAGAGAGAUCUCCCCCUGUUAUGAGCACAGAUGUCUUUUUCCUGUACUUGCUGCCACCCAUAGUGCUUGAUGCUGGUUACUUUAUGCCCAGUAGGCCUUUCUUUGAUAAUUUAGGAACCAUCUUGUGGUAUGCAGUGGUUGGAACUUUAUGGAAUGUAAUUGGUAUUGGUAUGUCACUGUAUGGAAUUUGCCAGGUUCAGGCUUUUGAUUUGAGUGACAUCAGCCUGUUCCAGAUCCUGUUGUUUGGAAGCCUGAUCUCAGCCGUGGACCCUGUUGCAGUCCUAGCCGUCUUUGAAGAAAUCCAUGUAAAUGAGCAACUUCAUAUACUGGUGUUUGGAGAGUCGCUGCUGAAUGAUGCUGUCACUGUGUGUCUGUACCACUUAUUCAAAUCCCUCUGCCAGAUGCGCACUAUUCUAACAUUGGAUGUCUUUGCUGGAAUUGCCCAGUUUUUCGUCGUGGGCAUCGGUGGCAUAAUUGUGGGGAUUAUUUAUGGAUUCGUUGCAGCUUUCACCACCCGCUUUACUCAGAAUGUUCGUAUAAUUGAGCCGUUGUUCGUCUUCCUGUACAGUUACCUCUGCUACCUGACGGCAGAAAUGUUCCGAUUGUCCGGAAUCAUGGCAUUGAUAGCCUGCUCUAUGAGCAUGAAGUACUAUGUGGAAGAAAAUAUUUCGAUGAAAUCUAGCACCACUAUCAAGUAUUUCAUGAAGAUGUGGAGUAGUGUCAGCGAAACUCUUAUAUUCAUCUUCCUUGGUGUAUCAACAAUUACAAAUACCCACGAAUGGAAUUGGGCAUUUGUUUGCUUCACUCUAUUGUUCUGUUUGUUUUGGCGGGCACUAGGUGUUAUAGUGCUGACUCAGAUCAUUAACAGAUUUCGAAAAUUGAUUAUCACCCGGAAGGAUCAGUUUAUCAUCGCCUAUGGUGGGCUGCGUGGGGCAAUUUGCUUCUCGCUUGUCUUCCUGCUUCCUUCUCAUGUCUUUCCUCGAAAGAAUUUGUUCAUUACAUCAACAAUCGUGGUCAUAUUCUUCACCGUGUUUAUUCAGGGAAUGACUAUUCGCCCAUUGGUUAACUUUCUGGAUGUUAAAAAGACAAAUAAAAAACAGCCAACAGUUAGUGAAGAGAUUCAUAUUCGGUUUUUUGACCAUCUGUUGGCUGGGGUUGAGGAUAUCUGUGGACAGUGGAGUCACUACUACUGGAGAGACAAGGCCAAAAAAUUCAAUCGUAACUAUUUGUCAAAGCUUUUGAUCAGGGAUAAAGAGCCAAAGUCCGGUAUUGUUGCUCUUUAUAAGAAGCUGGAAUUGAAACAGGCAAUUGAAUUGGCCGAAUCUGGUCAACUCAGUAAAGUGUCGUCAUCUGCUUCGCUGCUAAAUAAGAAACCUCAAAAAGUAAAGAAUCUGUCCUCUGAGGAACUGAAGAACAUCAAAGAUAUCUUGGCUAAAAAUUUAUAUCAGAUAAGACAGAGGACACCAUCAUACAACAGACACAGUCUGCCAAGAGAGGCCAAUGAGAAUCAGGUCAAAGAAAUCCUAAUACGACGACAUGGCAGUCUACGGGAAAGUAUGCGGAAAACAACAAAAGCCCGGCAGUCAGGUGCUGUAAAGAAUAGUCCAUUUUCACAGCCUCAAAAUGCCAGGACUACUUCUCGGCCUAGAAAAAGAAACGUUGCUUUCACAGUGGGAGAAGACAGCAAUUUGGAAACUGAUUCCUUGCAGUUAGAUGAUCAUUUGCAAUCCAGAAUGGGACCACCAUCUCGCCAUCAAGAGCCAUGUGGAAUGGAGCGGAGGAAUGAAGUUCACUGGGAGAAAGAUAGAAGUCAAAAGCCUGUUUUUUUUGGUUAUGAUGAUGGUGGUGGUGGAGUAGGCAGCAGAAACGAUAGCAGAAGAAAACCUGCACUCAUGCCAAGGACAAGAUUUAAUAAUCUGGACAUUCAUAAUGAAUGCAGAAGGAGUAGGCAAGGAUUUCUGGAAUUUUCACCAGAUAACCGGAGAGCAGAAAGUGCGCAUGAGAAGGAUGCUGAAGUUAACGAUCCUUUGAUAAGAAAACCCAUGUGAUUCCACAGAGAGAUGACAUGUUUAUGUCCUGUGCACCAGUCCUUCAGAAACCAAAUCAGUUAUUUGUAUUAAGUAAUUUAACAUUAAUUAAAAGAAAUUCAUGAAGGGUUUAGGAGUUAAAUGGACAUGGAUUUUUGCUCCUAAAUUAAUCCAAAUUGCUUUUUGUUUUGUCAAGACAGCCUCAGUCUUUGUGUACUCGUUAACACUACUAAUUAUUAAAAUAGCAUAGCAUGCUUUGAAGGCACCAGUGAACAUGUGGUCUGGGUGUGCCUUCACCUGUCUCGUGGUAUUUACUUUGCAGAACUGGCCCUUGGUUUUAAUUUUCAACUGAAAUGUUGCUUUUUAACAAAUAAAGAAAUAAAGAUGUGCAUCUUUUGUGAUCUCUGGACAUUCCAAAGCGCUUUACAGUCAACAAGGUACCUUUGUGCUAUUUAUAGUGUCAUGUCAGAAAUACUGCAGCCAUUUUGCCCAUAGUAAGCUCCUCUAAAUAGCAACGUGAUGAUGACUAGGUUUUAUUUAUUCAUAUUAAUUGUGUAACAAAUAUCAACCAGGGUAUUGUGAUAGCAGCUUUUUAAGAGGGGCAAGAGUUUUGGCACUCUAAUACCUGUGAGAAAGCAGGGCUCUAAAUGAAUGUUUCAGUAAAAAGACAGCUCUUUUAGUUGUGCACCAAGCUCUCAGUAACUGCACUAGAGAGGCAGCCUGGGUUUUUGUACUCUGGUUUAUAAGUGGGAUAUAAACUCUCAGCCUUUUAACUUGGAGAGAAGUGUUUCCGCGUGAACCAUUGUUGAUUACCUCAGGCCAGCACCUUCAUAAUGAAAGAUAAUCUGAGCUCUCCAACACAAACACACUAAUUAGAAUUCUUCAGGCAAUAUUAUGGCCAUUGUCUUCUCAUACACUGUUAUGUAUCUCCAAUUUGCUCAACUGGAUUGUUCCUCAAUUUAAUAUCCUUUCAGCAUCAUACAGUACUUUGCAAUCCCAUUGCAUUAAAGUGUGCUAGGCUCUGAAUACCCUCCUCAGUAUUAACCCUUUAAGUUAAGUCCCAUCCGAACUAUUCAUAUGGACUUGGUAGGAGAAGAGCUUUGGAGACUUGAGGAAGUAACAACAGACAUUGAGAUCUCCCUCACAGACAUUGUUACAAAAACUACCAAGCCAAGUGUAACUUGUAUCAAGUUGCUAUCAUUCCAUCAAACUGUUAUCUUGCUGAAGGCAAGAGCAUCUUCUCAGACUACUGGGUUGCUUUCCUCUACCAUACUAAAGCAGCCAGAUGCUGUAGAUCUAUGCCAGAAAAAGGAUGGUAGCAUCAAAUUAGUGUGAGUAAACCACCAUAAGCUACCUUUAAUUUGGCUACUUAUUAAGAAAUCUCUCACAGUCAAAUACUGAAACAAUGACUUAAAAUUUUAUUGCAUAUAGCAAACAAAAGGAAACAAGUUAAACCCCACAAUUCAAUUUGUCCAUUAGCCAAUUAAUGAUGGAAUUUAGCUACAAUUUCAAUAUUGAUUACUCUAAUGAUUUUCUUGAGUCUGCAGCUUACUUCCUUAUCAGAAGUAACUCCUCUAUUCCUUGUUACAUUUAGCAUUAACUAUCUGUUUGAAGACCCAACCUGAUUUGCAAUUAACUCUUUAAAUUCUUCACAGAACAGUUGGUUGUCUUUGUGACAUAAAGCAAGUGUCGAAGCAGUUUUGUUUAUUUCCUGUCAACUCCUCCUUUUCCCAGGCUUGGCUAAGUUGCUUUCAAUUCCUGAUGUAACAGCUUGUCUGUCAUUUAACAGCUUAUUCCAGACAGUUAUUGCUGAUCCCUUUGUGUGUAGCAGUUUAUCCUCGGUGAUUCUUUCGAUCCAUGCAUAGUGGUUAAAGUUCUGAUGUUUAUAAGAACACAAAAUCCACAAGAUAGAUUUUUCAAUGAGCUGAAGGCUAGUGAGGAUCCAUCAUGCAACAUGGUGCCAGCGGUGGGCACCAUUUCAUCAUAUGACUAACAGCGGAAGUUGCUUGUGCAGACUGACAGCAGGUGAAAGAUGAACUUUCAAGCUCCCUUCAGAUGAGAAACUCAUUGCAAGAUCCCACAAGGCCAAAUCUAGUCGAUUGUAGAUAGCACAUGCAUAAGCAAGUGUGAGGCAAGACAUAAAAGCAACAUUUGGACAGAUUUUGUGAGGUGUAGACAAAUCUCAGAGGGAGGUUCACUCUGACAGUGAACAGCCAAUAGUGGUUCCAUGAGUGAAGUUGAAAUGCCUGGUGGACUUGCACGUGAUUUUGUCCCAACAAUUUACUAUAUACAGUAUAUACUAUUCCUUUAUGGUGCCCCAUUUUGGUUAAAUGGAAGCAGGGAGCAGGGAGACUGACAGCUAGCGUAUUUACGGUAUUUUCCUGGAUAAGUCUGACUGUCUGCAGUUUAAGUUAAUGUCUUAACUAAUAGAUUGCCAGCAUUUUUAUUUUCCAACCUUAUUAGUCCUUUAGAUUGUUUCUGUGACCCUUUGUUUUCCUAGGUUUUCUGCGUCAUAGUGUUCUUCAGCUAUGGCAAUGACAUGCAAUAUGAGCUUCAAAUGCUUCACUUAAUUCUAGCUUUUCAAGUCUGGCAAUGCAUAGUUCAUUUUUGAAGUUUUUCCUCGCACACUCGGGAUUUCACCUUUUACCCUUGGAACCUCCAGUGGCCAUUCACUAUCAGGCUAAACCCUCUGAGAUCAUUUAAUGCAGUCUGUAACUGUUCAAGUAUUGUUUGUAUCAUAUGAAGUCUGUAGCUCAAACUUGCUUCUGCAUAUGUCCUGCCAGAUUUGAAAUGCUUUUCUACCAUCGACUAGAUUCGGCCUUGUGGGGAAGGUGAUACUGUCUGGAGUUAUUGCUUAACUACGAAUCCACAGACCUAAGUUCAAAUCACGUUUUGGUGGAAUUUGGAUUCAAUAAAAAUCUGGAACUAAGAGUCUAAUGUUGAUUGUUGAAAAACACAUCUGAUUCCAUAAUCUCUUUUUGGGAAGAAAAUUGCUGCCUUUAACCUGUUUUGGCCUAUAUCUGACUCAACAUCCACAGAUUCUGAACUGCCGUCUCAUGGCCUAGCAAGCUAUUCAGUUGUGUCUACUGCUAGAAAGGAAAAGGGGAGUGGAAAAGGACUGAGUAUUUGGUAUCGACUUUAGGCACAGGAAAUAAGUGUCAAAAAUAUCAACAGUGCAAAGCCCUGCUUAAUGACAUCUGGGGUCUAGUGAUGCCUGGAAUUCCUUGCAUGGCAUUGUGGGUUCAGCUACAGCCCAUGGACUGUGGUGGUUCGAGAAGGCAGUUCACCACCACCACAUUGAGGCAACUAAGAAAGACAAUAAAUGCUCGCCCUGUCAGUGAUGCUCACAUUCCAGAACUGAAUAAAACAAGAACUUCUGUUUAAUGUUGAAAUUAAGUUUGAAUUGUCAGUUCAGUGAAUGGCCAUUGUUAUUAAUCA